AUGGUCACCCGCCGCCACCGCUGCCUGCAUGUAGGGCCCCUCCGCCGCCGCCGCCUGCCUCUAGGCCUUGCCGCCGCGGGGCCACCCGCUGCCGCCGGGCUAGCCUCCUCCCUCACCAUCCCUGGCCUCAGGCCGCCGCCACCUCUGCCUGCCUGCAUGGCCCCUCCACCGCCGCCGUCAGGCCACCCGCCGCCGCCGAGCCAGCCUCCUCCCUCCCCAUCCCUGGCCUCGGGCCACCGCUGUCGCCACCGGGCCACCCAUCUGCCCUACUCUCAUUUCCACACAAGUGUGACAUCCAAACAGGAUUGGGUAUUCCAUUGA